AUGGUCAGUUCACUCGACCUCGUCCCCCACCUGACCUGACCUUGCACGUGCUGCUGCUGCUGAUCCUCCACCUCGUCAUGCUUCCACUCUAGGCGAAUACCACUAUCCGAGGCGCCCUUUCGAUCCAUGGCACAAAUCCACAGGUACGAUACCCCACCCACCUCCUACAACGUGAACUCGACCGGCUGCUCUGAGCUGAGCACCCUGAGCUCACCUUUGUGCACCCUCAACUUGAGCCCAGUACCUCAUCGAGAAAGUCAUCCGAGCGAGGAUAUACGAUUCAUUAUAUUGGAGUGCGUCACAAGCUACCCCCACUCUUUCUCUCGGCACCUCUACCCUUCCCUCUCUUCGACCCUCUCUUCGACCCCACUUGACCCCCUCCCCCCCUUCUCGUCCGCUCCUCCCCAACUAACGACCCCACCCUCCUCCGACCCCCCCACAGAGGAACAUUGUUUCGCCCUCGACGCCGCGACCGUCAUCGACGAAGCCCUGAAACUGCAAUACCUAGGCGGGACGUACGCCAAUACCCGACCUACGGAAUUCAUGUGCCUCACCCUCAAAUUGCUGCAACUUCAACCCGAACGCGAAAUCAUAUUGGAGUAUCUAAGGGCCGAGGAGUUCAAGUGCGUUUCUUUUAGACGAAGGGGGGGGGGGGGGGGGUGAAGUAUGCAGGUCCUGAUGGGUUUUGGGUGUUCUGGGGGAUUUUCGAGCAGAUAUUUGAGAGCACUGGCGGCGUUUUAUGUGAGGUUGACGUUCGACCCUGUCAACGUUUAUGAGGUACUCGAGCCACUCUUUGACGAUUAUCGCAAAUUACGGACACGAGGAAUGGGUACGUCAGAGAUCCGGUAUAACUCACAAGUGACGCGUGACUGACGCUUGUCUCCAUCCCAACCCCCCUUGUGCGUAGACGGCGCCUACUCCAUCACCACCAUCGACGAAUUCUGCGAUCAACUCCUCUCGGAAGAACGCGUAUGCGAAAUACAACUACCCCGUCUAACCCAGCGUCGCGUAUUGGAAGAAACGGAAGGACUCGCACCUCGUAAAUCGAAACUAGGUAGAGCAUUGGGAGUGGUCAGUUCUGAAGAGGCUCAGAGGAGGGAGGGUGACGAGGGGAGUGAUGAGGAGGUGGAAGGUGAGGAAGGGAGGUAUUUGUCCCGCUCACCUAGUAUGAGUAUGUCCCCUGAAGUGGAGGAGGCCGAACCGGAGUAUUGGACGGAGGGGAGUGAGGAGGAGGAAGAGGGGGAGGAAGGCAAAACGGGUAGAUUCGUUAGCAAGAGCCCGAGUGCGGAGAGUGAGGACGAGGGGAGGUAUAUCAGUCGCAGUCCGACACCGGAAGGGGAGAGGAUCGAAGGAGAUGUUUGA